AUGGAUGACCGGCAAAAAUAUUUCUACAUGAUAGAUUCAAUAAAAAAAGGAAAUACGCAAAAAGUAAGAGACAUGAUAGACGAAUUUGGUUUAUCAUUCUGUCCAUUGUUGGAUGAUGGGAAUCAACUACUUACUGCUGCUGUUGGAAAAGAUCAAGUAGAAAUGGUGGCAUAUUUAUUGCGGAAAAAUGCGAAAGUUAACAGCGAUCGUGAUGUCUUGUCACCUCUUCAGUUUGCCGCCAUGAACAACAACACGAUAAUUUUCAAAAUGCUUCUGGAACACGGGACUAAAAUAAGUAAUAAAAAUAUUAAGUACAAUAAAUCACCAAUUAAGUUAGCAGUUGAGCGCAACAAUAUUGAGAUCGUAAGACUUAUCGUUGAACACAAAAAUUUUGGAAAAAAAUAUGAUCAGUCAUUACUGUGCACGGCUGUCAAGAAUAACAACUUGGCAAUGGUCUCAUUAUUAUUAGAAAUUGGUGUGGAUGUCAAUGAAUAUGAAGAAAACAGAUCAGCUCCAAUUCAUUACGCAGUAAUGGCCUACAACAAUGAUACUUUGCAAUUAUUAUUAGCACAUGGAGCAGAUGUUAAUGCUAAAAAUGAAUUCAGAGAAACUCCAGUUUUUAUAAUUCUAAAGUAUGGGUAUAUCUUAUCUGAUGAUAAAAUACGUCGAUUUGUUCCUGGACCGUAUUUUUCUGACGGAAAAAGUAAUAAUAUAUUAAGUACUCUUCUAGAAAAUGAUGCAGACAUACAUGUUCUUGAAAUCAGGAAGAAACAUAUAUUUUCUGUUUUUGUUAAUGGCACACGAAUUGAUCACAAUUUUGAUAACGAUAAUUUGGAAACAUUGAAAUGUAUAAUUAAACAAAUUGUUAAAUUAAAAAGUCUAAAUGUACCCCUAUCUAUAAACAAUGAUAUUUUAUUGUCUUCUCUUGUGGAAUACCUACCGUUUGAUAAUUAUACAAAAAUAUGUGAGCUAGAAAUGUCGAAAAUAAUCACGGAAAAAAUAGCAAACUCGGGGAUUUCGCUUCAUAAUAUUUUGAGCGAAAAUUAUAAUGUUUUAGCUGCUUAUGCAAAAAAUAAAAAUCAUGAGACGUUCAUAUUUUCGGAUGAAGUUUCGCGACGAUUUCCGAUUUAUGGAUCGGCGAUAAAACUCCGCUUUUUGAAAGGAUUAGCAAGGAAAAAUUUACUAGAAAAAAGUACUCAAGUUUUUCAUAAUCUUUUUCCCGUUGCGUCUAAAUUGUUGUCCGAUGGUGUCGAUGAUGUAUUUAAAUGUUUAGAUAAUAUUGAUUUAAGACAUUUCUUGCACUUGUUCCAGCAAGAUAAUUAA